GUUGAGAGGACACCUUCAGCUGCAGUUCCGCACUCCGACCAGCCGAGGGCGGAAGAGGGCGGUGACAGCUUGUGUUGACCCAGGGUGUGCGGAGGAUAAACAAGCGUGCAAAGCUGCGCUUAUUCCUUCUUAUUGUUUGUUGUCGGACUUGUGUUCUGUGUGAGGAGGAAGUAACUUUUGUCCUACAGAGAAGUGUUUUAAUCUGCUGGGACGUACUUCUGGUCCAAAGAGUCAUCAUGUCGGCCUCAUCGGCAAAAGUCAGUAGGAAGGAGAAUUCAAAUCACGACGGAGCGGACGAGACCUCUGAAAAAGAGCAGCAGGAAGCAAUCGAACACAUUGAUGAAGUACAGAAUGAAAUUGACAGACUUAAUGAACAGGCUAGUGAAGAAAUUUUAAAAGUAGAGCAGAAGUACAACAAAUUACGCCAGCCAUUCUUUCAGAAGCGAUCAGAACUUAUAGCCAAAAUCCCAAACUUCUGGGUCACAACAUUCGUCAACCAUCCACAAGUUUCAGCUCUUCUGGGGGAGGAGGAUGAGGAAGCCCUGCAUUACUUGUCGCGGGUGGAGGUCACAGAGUUCGAAGAUAUCAAGUCUGGAUACAGAAUAGAUUUUUGUUUUGAUGAGAAUCCAUACUUUGAGAACAAAGUCCUCUCCAAAGAGUUUAACGUAAAUGAGAGCGGAGACCCUGUUUCCAAAUCCACAGAAAUCAAAUGGAAAGCGGGAAAGGAUCUGACGAAGCGCACCAGUCAAACCCCAAAUAAAGCUGUGAAGAAGAGGCAGCACGAGGAGCCAGAAAGUUUCUUCACCUGGUUUACUGACCACUCGGAUGCAGGAGCCGACGAGCUGGGAGAAGUGAUUAAAGACGACAUCUGGCCGAACCCUCUGCAGUACUACCUGGUCCCUGACAUGGAGGAUGAGGAGGGGGAUGGAGAUGACGAUGAUGAUGAUGAUGAAGAGGAAGGCCUGGAAGAUAUUGAUGAGGGUGAAGAAGAUGAGGGUGAAGAUGAGGAUGGUGAAGGAGAAGAUGGAGAGGACGACGGUGAAGAUGAUUGAAGGCUUUCGCUGAGAACUCCCUCUGAUCAUCCAUCUACGGGAACAAAAUGUUUGUUUGGAGGGAGGAUUUUGAUGAUUUUUUUUUUCUUUAUUUUAAUUUUUUCUUGUUUCUUUUUUCUCCCCUUUCGUCCCUUUUCGUGCUCUCGGCUGUUCUGGGGAGUCCUACAGAGUUCUGCAGUGUUCCUCUUGUUCCACUGGAAACCAGUUUGCAUCAAGUGUACCAGUUGCUUUGUUACAAUAAAACGUAUACGUGA